GCUUGCACUUGAUUCAUUAUCAAAACACGAUGCCUAUCGCUAACGGGAGAACCAUGCCGAUCGCAAACGGAAAGACCGUACCUAUCGUUAACGGGCACAAGGCCGCUCAUCGAAAGCCUCACAUUUUAAAUGUCCUCGAAAGACGCUAUGAUGCUCGAUUCUACGAGUCCAUUGCCGCCAUCAUGGCCCUACGCAACUCGUACCUGCAAAAUAGAUUCAUCUUUGUCCGAGGAGAGGACAUGAUUCCCAUCCUGGCGGGUCUCGGCGCCAGAGAAGACGACUUCGACGCCGUCAAGCAGAUCAGCGACCUCACGGGACCUGAUCCAACCCUCGACUACCGCUCGGUGACUUACGGACGCUACUGCAUCGACCCCGAGACACGCAGCAUCCGACGGCUCGAGGCGCAGCCGUACACGCUAACGGUACAGGAGGACUACAAGCGCCACGACUCUGGGAUCCCAAGGAUGUUUGAUGAGACACCAACGGACAUGCAGGGCAACACGGUCGUGCAGGCUAUCAUGCUCUUCAAGGCUCUCAUCUUCCAGGGCGUCCCUGUCUCGCCCCGUGACGGCUUAGACUAUUCCUCCCCCGCGUGGAUCUGCACCAUGUUCAACGCCCGCACACACACUUGCAAGGACAGUGGCAUCUUCGGGGAACCGGCGCUUGAAGGAGUCCACUCGGACGGAUCUGACCACACCAUGACCGUCUUCCUCGGAAGCAAGAACAUGCGUCCGGAUAGCGCCGUUACAUUCAUGCACGACAACCAGGAGACGACUGGGGUUCAGACAUGGGAGACGAAUCCCACGCUGAUCCGGGGCCGCGUUCACCACCAACACUUCUUGGACACUCUGAUGUUUGUGGAUCACGAAUACAAGCACAGCGUUACAUCAGUGCACCAACUGGAUACCUCGCAGCCCACGAGUAGGGAUAUGCUAGUGGUGUUUACGCGGCGGCCGAAGCUAGACGGGCAUGUUUCGGGUUAUGCGGAUACUAUGGACCUCCACCGUACAGCACCGUUGCAGAUGCCUAUGUGGCUGCCUUGAUGGCGUGAGUUUGGACAGAGAACCAAUGGCCCGUCGUUGAUGUAGUUUAGGAUAACAGGAACUGUGUGUUGUUAAUUACAGACGCAGAGCAAGUAGCAUGGAUGAGCGUCUUGGAAUUGCAAAGCUACCUUCAAUCGGAAAAGUACA